AUGGAUAACGUUCUCCAGGUAGACUCAGACCUCUUCCCCAAUAUCUCCACCAACACCUCAGAGCCCAACCAGUUCAUGCAGCCGGCCUGGCAAAUUGUCCUUUGGGCAGCUGCCUAUACGGUCAUCGUGGUGACCUCCGUCGUGGGCAACGUGGUGGUGAUGUGGAUCAUCCUGGCCCACAAGAGAAUGAGGACAGUGACUAACUAUUUCCUGGUGAACCUGGCUUUCGCAGAGGCAUCCAUGGCUGCAUUCAACACGGUGGUGAACUUCACCUACGCUGUCCACAAUGAGUGGUACUACGGCCUGUUCUACUGCAAGUUCCACAACUUCUUCCCCAUCGCUGCUGUCUUCGCCAGCAUCUACUCCAUGACUGCUGUGGCCUUCGAUAGGUACAUGGCCAUCAUCCAUCCCCUCCAGCCCCGGCUGUCAGCCACGGCCACCAAGGUGGUCAUCUGUGUCAUCUGGGUCCUGGCUCUCCUACUGGCCUUCCCCCAGGGCUACUACUCAACCACAGAGACCAUGCCCAACAGAGUGGUGUGUAUGAUUGAAUGGCCAGAGCAUCCCGACAAGAUUUACGAGAAAGUGUACCACAUCUGCGUCACUGUGCUGAUCUACUUCCUCCCCUUGCUGGUGAUCGGCUAUGCGUACACCGUGGUGGGAAUCACUCUGUGGGCCAGCGAGAUCCCUGGGGACUCCUCGGACCGCUACCACGAGCAGGUCUCUGCCAAGCGCAAGGUGGUCAAGAUGAUGAUCGUCGUGGUGUGUACCUUUGCCAUCUGCUGGCUGCCCUUCCACAUCUUCUUCCUCCUGCCCUACAUCAACCCUGAUCUCUACCUGGAGAAGUUCAUUCAGCAGGUCUACCUGGCCAUCAUGUGGCUGGCCAUGAGCUCCACCAUGUACAACCCCAUCAUCUACUGCUGCCUCAACGACAGGUUCCGUCUGGGCUUCAAGCAUGCCUUCCGGUGCUGCCCCUUUAUCAGUGCCGGCGACUACGAGGGGCUCGAAAUGAAAUCCACCCGUUACCUCCAAACCCAGGGCAGCGUGUAUAAGGUCAGCCGCCUGGAGACCACCGUCUCCACAGUGGUGGGGGCCCACGAGGAGGAGCUAGAGGAUGGUCCCAAGACCAUACCCUCGGCCCUGGACCUGACCUCCAAUGGCUCCUCUCGCAGCGACUCCAAGACCGUGACAGAGAGCUUCAGCUUCUACUCCAACAUGCUCUCCUAG